AUGCCGCCGGGGCCGCCGCUGCUCCGGGCCCCCCUCCUCCUUCUCCUCCUCCUCCUUCUGCACUUCCUCGGCGCCCCGGCCCGCGGAGCCGUCUACACCAACCAUUUCUUGGUGGAGCUGCACGGCGGGGGCCAGGCGGAGGCCGAGCGGGUAGCGGCGGAGCACGGCUUCGGUGGGGUGCGGAAGCUCCCUUUUUUAGAAUCUGGAUACUUUUUUUAUCACAAUGGCCUUGCUAAAGCCAGGAAAAGACGCAGCCUUCAACAUAAGCUUCAUCUGGAAAAGGACUCCAGGGUGAGGAAAGCUGUGCAACAGGAGGGCUUCAUCAGAAGGAAGAGAGGAUACAGAGACAUCAAUGACAUUGACAUCAACAUGAAUGAUCCUUUAUUUACGAAGCAAUGGUACCUGAUUAACACUGGUCAAGCAGAUGGGACUCCUGGACUUGACCUUAAUGUAGCUGAAGCGUGGGAGAUGGGAUACACAGGGAAGGGAGUAACCAUAGGAAUUAUGGAUGAUGGAAUUGAUUAUCUGCAUCCAGAUCUUGCAUCAAACUACAAUGCCAAAGCCAGCUACGACUUCAGCAGCAAUGAUCCCUACCCGUAUCCCCGCUAUACAGAUGACUGGUUUAACAGCCACGGGACAAGGUGUGCAGGAGAGGUGUCUGCUGCUGCCAACAACAACAUCUGCGGCGUGGGAGUGGCGUACAACUCCAAAGUGGCAGGUAUUCGAAUGCUCGACCAGCCGUUUAUGACAGACAUUAUUGAGGCUUCCUCCAUCAGUCAUAUGCCUCAAGUCAUAGAUAUAUAUAGUGCCAGCUGGGGACCAACUGACAAUGGGAAGACUGUGGAUGGACCUAGAGAGUUAACACUGCAAGCAAUGGCAGAUGGUGUGAAUAAGGGCCGGGGUGGAAAAGGCAGCAUCUAUGUCUGGGCCUCUGGAGAUGGAGGCAGCUAUGAUGACUGUAACUGUGAUGGUUAUGCAUCAAGCAUGUGGACAAUCUCCAUCAAUUCUGCCAUAAAUGAUGGACGGACAGCUCUGUAUGAUGAAAGCUGCUCUUCAACCUUAGCCUCCACCUUUAGUAAUGGGAGGAAGAGAAAUCCAGAGGCUGGUGUGGCAACAACAGAUUUGUAUGGCAACUGCACCCUGCGUCAUUCAGGCACAUCUGCAGCUGCCCCUGAAGCAGCCGGAGUGUUCGCCCUGGCCCUGGAGGCUAACUUGCAUCUGACAUGGAGAGACAUGCAGCAUCUGACAGUGCUCACCUCCAAGAGGAACCAGCUUCAUGAUGAGGUUCAUAGGUGGCGUAGGAAUGGCGUUGGGCUGGAGUUCAACCAUUUGUUUGGCUAUGGGGUCCUAGAUGCAGGAGCAAUGGUUAAGAUGGCAAAAGACUGGAAGACUGUUCCUGAGAGAUUCCAUUGCAUUGGAGGGUCAAUACAGGAACCUGAAAAGAUACCACCAAAUGGCAAACUGUUUCUCACGCUGACAACCGAUGCGUGCGAGGGGAAGGAAAACUUUGUCCGGUACCUUGAGCACGUCCAGGCAGUUAUAACUGUGAAUUCCACUCGGCGAGGAGACCUCAACAUCAACAUGACCUCACCGAUGGGAACAAAGUCUAUUUUGCUGAGCCGGCGCCCCAGGGAUGAUGACUCCAAGGUGGGUUUUGACAAAUGGCCUUUCAUGACGACUCACACUUGGGGAGAAGACCCCCGAGGCACCUGGGCUCUGGAGAUCGGGUUUGUCGGCAGCCAGUCCCAGCGGGGAGUGCUGAAGGAGUGGACACUGAUGCUGCACGGGACUCAGAGUGCACCGUACAUAGACCAAAUUGUAAAAGAUUAUCAGUCCAAACUGGCCAUGUCCAAGAAGGAAGAGCUGGAAGAAGAAUUAGAUGAAGCAGUGGAGAGAAGCCUGAAGAGUAUACUGAGCAAGAACUAA